UAUAUAUUGUUGUCGAAGACUUGUGUCAUAAGCACGAAAGCCACACGCCCACAACCGCUAUAACUGAAACAUGGUACAUGGAUCUCCUGAAACACUUGAGGCUUGUGGUGACCACACGCUUGAUUCUGUUAAGCAACAAACAAACCGAGUGGACCGGUUACAGAGAGCUCAGUGGCUACGUGCAGCCAUUUUAGGAGCCAAUGAUGGGUUACUAUCCACCACGUCUUUGAUGAUGGGUGUGGGUGCGGCUCAAGAAGAUCAAUGGUUGAUGGUUCUUUCUGGACUAGCCGGGGCCAUUGCUGGUGCAUGCAGCAUGGCUGUUGGUGAAUUUGUUUCGGUUUCAACUCAACGAGAUAUCGAGUCAGCUGUGAAUCAACAGGAAAACUCAAACUUACAACAAAUCAAGCUUGAAAACCUGAUAACCGAUCACGAUGUUGUAGAAAAUAAAUCAAGAUCUCCUGUGGUGAAGAUACUCGAGAAAAGACCAAAAAAAGAAGAAAAAGAACGCUUGCCAAAUCCGUAUAAGGCCGGUGCAGCAUCUGCACUGGCAUUUCUAUGUGGUUCUUUGUUUCCUUUGGCUGCGGCUAUGGCUGUUGAUGAUUAUAGUACUAGAGUUGUGGUGCUGGUGGUGGUAACGUCCUUGGCACUAGCGUUGUUUGGUGGGGUUGGUGCAGUGUUGGGUGGGUCGUGUGUGAGGGUGUCUGCCACCCGGGUCCUAAUCGGAGGGUGGAUCUCCAUGGCUGUUACAUAUGGUUUAUUGAAGCCAUUGGAUAGUUUUACAGAUAGAAAAAUGGGUAAAGAUGACUGA